AUGCCACCUACUACUGACAACACACAGGCCGUGGUACCUUAUACAACACCUUCAGCUUAUCCGAGACAGGAUUGCACCCUCAGAAACGAAGCUCUCCCAGCAUUCGGCAAGGUUGCCGAGGUACCGAGGCCUUAUACAUCAUCUUCAGCUCAUUCUGCGUUGGUGAUGAAGGGUACACUGGACAGUGAAAGCCAGACCAGCCUUGCUUACGGCAGAAACAGUGUAGCUUCGACUACCACUGAGCAGGAUCAACACCGAAGUUCUUUUCUCCACCGAGUCAAGCGAGCGGGAUCGUUGAAACGGACUCAAGGCCAUCAAACCAGGGUCCCGUCUCCACAAUUGCCCGCGCCCAACAUCACCGAGAGACCUUUGCCAUCUUUGCCAACACACACGUCACCUGGGAUAGAGUUGAACUUAUUCAACGAAAGGCUCCAGGACGGCGAAUGCAUGCGCCAAGAUCUGGAACGAUACAGACGAGACCUACAACGGGAGAGAGAGCGAAACGAAGACAUUGAGAGAGAGAAAGAGAGCAUUCUCGAAGCUUGGAAGCAAGCAGCCGCAGAGCUGAGAGAACUCCGUGCAGCACGAGGGAACAAAGUCGACGACGAGUACAUCAGAAAAGCUUGGUGGGGGCUCCAAUACGAUGUACGAAACUGGGCAGACUGCCACUUUCAAGGCAAGCCAAAGUCGAAAGCAGCACGGCUGUCGUUGCGCAUGGGCGAUGACAUUCCCUACGAGAUCAUUCGACUCACAGACACGUCCCACUGUUUGGAUUUUCUCAGAAGUCCCUCCAGGCGUGUUGACAUCGCCCAAGCUGUCGUAUGGGGCGUUUUUAUGGAACUUGUCUUUGGACAGGUUCGCGACGGCGGGUUCCUGUGGGCUGGUAAUGAUUGUAAUGCUCUACGCCACCUGCGAAAUGAACACCGACCUAAUCCAUCGUCGAGCAGUCAGAACGAAGAAAGCUUUCGAAAAUAUCAAGCAUGGAUGUCCUUGACGACGGAAACCUUCUACGCCGAGCAGCCGAUGGAUAGCUCCAAUGCGGUGAGGAUUGUAUGCAAGAAAGUCAAGGGUUUGCUCGGUCGUUACGUCUGCGAAGGGGAAAUGAGCUUCAAGCAAGAGCUUCAGAAAAUUGUGGCGCGAGCGAUCCAGCUUGAUAGGGAGUUUCACGGUGAGAAAGCUUUUUUCUACUGCUCUUGGGGUUACCAAGUGGCUUGGACACAAAGGAGGACGUCCAAACAAUUCAACGAGUCUACCAUGGAAGCAAUCGACAACAAGGCGAGCCCUGUGGAGUUUGAGUUGACAAUCUCACCAGCACUGUUUAAGAGGGGAACCGGAUCUGGUGAGAAUUACGGUACAAGGUUGGUACUCGUUAAGAGUGUCGUGUCAAGUAAUCUGGAUGAGGAGCCCGAGAGAGCUCUGUUUCGGGUCGGAAAGAAGAGUUGGCACAUGGUAACGUCCAGGAUGCCUAGCUUUGAGCAGUCUUGA